AGUUAGGCCUUGCUAAUUCUAAUAUAUUACAACAGUCUUGAGACUGACACACCCAGUAUCUUCAUUACAGAGUCCCUCUCUAACGGAAACACACAGUAUCAUUCUUUUUUCACUUCUCCCUCUAGAACAUUCGUAAUUUCAAUUCUCACUUUUACCUUUGAGUUUUCUCAAAUUUUUCGAUCCGGAUCUGAAAGCAAAAAAAAAAAAAAUGGUGAGAGAUAUCGAAGAUGAGUUCAGAGUCGAGAAGAAUCAUCCCCAACUUGAUGAAGCUAGUCUCGAAGAUGAGAUCAUCAUAGUCGAGAAGAAUCAUCCACAGCUCGACGGAGUUAGUCUCGUUCUCCUCGACAGUCCUUAUUCGGUAGGUGAAACUGUUGAAGAAAUUGACUCUGUCAGCGAGAACCUCAAUGAACAUUGUAACGUUUACUGUGAUGAUGACUUCGAAUCUGCUCUAAACAUCUUCCCUUAUGUUCAUGUGCCUCCCAAGAAGCGCAACUUUUGGAAUUAUGAGUCUUGCAGAAGCUCUGAGCUGUCUACUGUGUCUGUGUGUAUAAUAUGCGAUCUUGCAGACGAUUAUGUAGUGCCUUGUUCUGGGAAGAACUGCCCUCUCUCUGUUCACAUGAAAUGUGCUGAGCUUGAUUGGGAUGAUCCUGCUGCAUCCUCAUACUGUCCCUAUUGUUGGUUGACAUAUCAAGCGACUAGUUCCAUGGCUGUUGGAGCUGCAAAGGCACAUGAACACUCUUCAGCUCACAUGUUCGAUACUGAGCUGAAUAGUGGAGAUAUAAACGUUCAGCUAGAGGAUGGUUCUGAUAAAACACUACCAAUGCAACUACAUGAGAACCUCCAUCAGAUACGCAAAGUUGUCGAGCAACUUAAGGCUCUAAAUCUCCAGUUAGAGGAAUCAGCUUAUCAGUUCAUUGAUAUGGAGAAAUCUUGCGGAGAAGCUUCUGUUAUUGUUAAUGAUCAGUUCGUUGAUAUGGAGAAAGCUUGCGGAGAAGCUUCUGUUGUUGUUAAUGAUCAGCCAAAAAGGGUUCUUUGGACAGUUGAAGAAGAAAACAUGUUGAUGGUGGGAGUGAAGAUAUAUUCAGAAAAAAUCAGGAAAAACAUGCCAUGGAGGAAGAUUCUGGAGAUGGGAAAAGGUGUAUUCCACGUGAAUCGUAGCUCAUCCGAUCUUAAGGACAAGUGGAGAAACAUGCUUUUGUGGGAGAAUGUGUCUUCUUCAAACAAAACAGGGGAGGCAGACUAUGAAGAAUUUACAAACAGGUUUCAGAAUUUUAAAUAUGAGAGCUUACGAGUGGCAAUCUGUUGUUGUUUUUGCCUCAGUUCAUCCUUGUGGCAUUCUACAAACCCUGUCACCAUUUCUUAGAAUCUUUUGAAUCU